AUGGACUCUGAUUUAUGGGCUCGCCUUUCUAAUUCUUUUUCUUACAGGCGUUAUCAAUCUCGAUCAGACUCACAUCGCGGAGAUGAGUACCAAGGCGAAGAAGAGCUGAGGCCCGAGUUUCUUUGUCCAUUUUGCGCUGAUGAAUUUGAUAUUGUUGGUCUCUGUUGUCAUAUUGAUGACGAGCAUGCCAUCGAAGCCAAAAAUGGGGUCUGCCCUGUUUGUGCAAAAAGGGUGGGGACAGAUUUGGUUGGCCACAUAACUGGGCAGCAUGGGAGUCUUCUAAAAGUGCAGCGAAGGAGGAGAAUCCGAAGGGGUGGAUCUAAUUCUGCACACUCUAUAUUAAGAAAAGAGUUACAAGAAGGAAAUCUGCAAACCCUCUUUGGGGGAUCUUCGUAUUUGUCCUCAAAUGUGGAACCCGAUUCACUGUUAUCAUCCUUCAUAUACAGUCCACCUGUGGUUGAUGAACCUCCCGAAGUUCAACCUCUUUCUGCAACUGGGGCUUUCUCAAUACCAAAAUCGACUGGUGAAGAUUUGGGGGAAAGCAACAGAAAUGUUCUACAUUUAGCACUUUCUGACAAGGACCAAGAGGAGAAGGCUCGAAAAUCACUGUCUGACAAGGACCAAGAGGAGAAGGCUCGAAAAUGUGAAUUUGUUUAUGGAAGCCUACUGCGGAAGAAAUAG